GGUCCAAAGCCCGGGGUCCCCGGACAGGGCUGGGGCGCCAUGGCCGAGUCCCAGCUGAGCUGCCUGGACGAGGCGCACGUGAACGAGAAGGUGACCGAGGCGCAGGCCGCCUUCUACUACUGCGAGCGGCGGCGGGCCGCGCUGGAGGCGCUGCUGGGUGGAGGCGAGCAGGCCUACCGCGAGCGGGUCAAGAAGGAGCGGCUGCGGGACUUCCUCUCCAGCAAGGAGCGCCAGGCCCUCCGCGCCGCCUGGAGCCCCUACGAGGAAGCCGCUGUCUCCAAGGCCGGUGGCAAGGCCAAGUCCAAGGCCCCGGCCGAGCCCAGCGAGUCCCUUGCCUAUUGGCCAGACCGCUCGGACACCGAAGUGCCCCCGCUGGACCUGGGAUGGACGGACUCCAGCUUCUACCGCGGCGUGAGCCGUGUCACGCUCUUCACCCACCCGCCCAAAGAGGAGAAGGCGCCGCACCUGAAACAGGUGGUCAGACAGAUGAUCCAGCAGGCCCAGAAGGUCAUUGCUGUCGUCAUGGAUCUUUUCACUGAUGGGGAUAUAUUCCAAGACAUCGUAGAUGCUGCCUCUAAGCGCCGGGUCCCUGUAUACAUCAUCCUGGAUGAAGCAGGAGUGGAGUACUUUUUGGAGAUGUGUCAGGGCCUGGAACUUGCUGACUUCCGCAUUCGGAAUAUCCGGGUCCGGUCUGUGACAGGCGUUGGCUUCUACAUGCCCAUGGGGAAGAUCAAGGGGACUCUCUCAUCGAGGUUCCUGAUGGUGGAUGGAGACAAAGUAGCCACUGGAUCUUAUAGCUUUACCUGGAGCUCCUCCUAUGUGGACAGGAAUCUUCUUUUGCUCCUGACAGGGCAGAAUGUGGAGCCCUUUGACGUUGAGUUCCGGGAGCUGUAUGCCAUCUCUGAAGAGGUGAACUUGUACAAGCACCUGGGUCUGGCAGGCAGGCUUGGCCUCAACUACUCCUCCACUGUAGCUCGAAAACUUAUCAACCCCAAGUACUCCUUAGUGGCAGGCAGCCGCCCUCCUCCAGGAGAGAUGAUGCGCUGGGCGGCGCGACAGCAGCAGGAAACUGAUGGCAACGCAGAGGGACAGGAGGGCAGUGGCGGUGGCGAGUCUGCCCGGCGUCUGGAGAGCUUUCUCAAUGAUCUGGCUACAGUAGAACAGAUAUUGCCCACAGUGGAUUCCAUUUCCCCGAGAGUGCUGGGAACAAAGGAUGGCAGGACGGUCUCUCAGGUGCAUGGAGACCUGAGGCACAAAUCCCAGAAUGGCAAGGGAGAAGCUGCCAAUGGAGAUGCCAUCCCAGCCAAGGAGGGCAGACGCUUCGGCAGCAGGUUCUUCAGCCGACGAGUGAAGAAGCCUGCUGGGCCAAAUGUGGAGAACUCCUCCUCCCCAGACAUUUUUGAUGAUGGGGAGUUUCCUCUGGCGAAGAAGCCCAAUGAGGGUUCCAGUGUCAACAUAUCAGGUAAAGUGACUCCUAGGACUAGCAAGCCCAACAACUGUGUGAUCGCCUGAGCUGCAGGGUAGUGGUGGGUGGAACCUGCAGAUGCCCACCCAUCCUGUCCUAUGCUGGGGAGAGCAUGGCCUAUACCCUGCAUUGGUUCACACAUCAGCACCUAACCAGGUCUCCUACCCUGCAGUCUCCACCCUGGUCUUAAGAUCUGAACCCCAGAUGGCAGGAUCUCAACCAUCACCAUCUCCAGCAGACUGCUAUGGCCGGAAAAGGAACACUGAUACCUUGUUUAUAUGGAGUAGAAGCCUGGCUAGCAUCUGUUCUCCUUUAUGCCAACCUCCUCUCCACUGGGCCAGCCCUGUCCUACAGGUCCCCUGGUAGGACAACUGCCAUUCUUCCUACCUUGGGGGACAGGAUAUCCAAGGCAGCCCCAGCCACUUGGCUUUUUGUUGGACUUCUGGUGCUGUCCAGUUCCCCAUACCCCAGAGGUUGGCGGGAAAAGGGACGAAGACGGGACUCAGAGCCAGUUUUGCUCUAGCCGUGUUCCCAAUGCAGCUGAUACGACCUUAGGGACACCUAUUCCGGCUGGCACCUGAACUAGUCUCUGAGUGGAAUGGGCUGGGGAUGGUGCUACUUUGGCCUCCUUUGGUAGUGGCAGGAUCUGACGGUGGUGAAGAGCCCCUUCCCUCCUGCACUGCCAUAGCCAGCCUGGCCUGAGUGCCCUGGGCCUCCCUGGCUGUUGCUGUGGAAAACUGGGGCCCACAGAGCGCCUUUCCCCAUUCCUGAGCCUUUCAGUAGGCUUUUGUUUACAGGCCCUGUGAAGGAUGGGGGUGCAGGGGAGGAGGCUGGGCCCAGGAGACAAGAGCAUUUGUGUUUCGUGACGGUUCCUCCCUGAGCAUUUGUGUGGCCUUCACACACUAGGGCUUCCUCAGUGAAAUUUCAGCCAAAGACUAGCCUUAGCCUCCUGCGAAAUGUCAGGCUGUUCUUAGACACCUCGGUUUCUCUAAAACAGGGUGGCCUAAUUUGCCACAGUACUAGGCCAGGACAACCAGCCCCACUGCCACCUCCCCACACAGUGAAUUGUCCAGGCUGAGGGAGAGUGAACAUUGACACAAAAGACACUAUCUAACUGCAGACAGAAUGACAGAGGGCAAAGGGCCACACAGAAGCCUUUCCAUUCCUCUAAACCAAGCUUAUGUCCCCUUUUCUUUCGGAAAAGCCCUUGGGUACCACUAGUACUGGGAGGGACACAGGCAUCCAGUAAGAGGCAGGGAGGGAGCACUGUGGGCUGUAGAAGUGGGGCAAUACAUGGUGACCUAUGCCUGUGUCUG